AUGCGACGGUAUGGAAAUUCGCCUUGGUAUUCUCAAAGCACUUAUUCUCUGAAUAUUAUUCCUGAGGAAUAUGUGCCACCAGUGGACUAUGACAUUGAUUUCUGUGACGCUAUCCAUGACGAAACGACAUCUGGAGGCGGAGGAGAAUCCUUGGAUCGGAGGGGAUGGUCCGGGGCGUCGACUGGUGGUAAUCGAACAACACUGACAGCAUCAGUGCACAAUAAUUUGAUGAACGGUCGGAUGUCAUCGUCUAGUCACAACUUAUCGACUAGACUUUCUGGCUCUUCACAAAACUUGCAUCAACUUCAGCCACCAACAAAUGCAUAUGGGUUCCCGAUGGUCCCACCUGCUAACAAUCCAUCGGAUUCAUCGGCUUCUGGACGUAUUGCGAGCAUAUUAGCCCGUCCAUUCCGUACAAACCCAUUGAAACGAACCAAAAGUGUGAGCAAAAUGGAGAAAUCAUUAGCAGAAGCGAAUCAACACGCUUUCCAUCGAAGGAAGCAAUCAAAAUCCCGCCGCAACAGCAUCUUCUCUCGUAUUCGUCUUCAUCAUCAUUCCAAUCCAAUUUCAUUUUCUCCAGCCAACAAUUUGAAACGAAACUUUCUUCUGUUCUUCUCCUAUGAAUCUAGAAAUUAG